UAUACUUGCUGUCGCUCUCUCGAACAAGUAGCAUCGACCAAAUUAAGACAUUGUAUUCGCCAGUGCAAUUGGAUCUACAUUCUUCUGCCAAUUUCGUUUCGGAGUUUUUACUUGUGUGACUGACCUAACUAACAAUGCCUACCAUCGCCGGGCCGAGUUUGUCUUCUUCUUACAAGCCCAUAGUCGCCGCCGUAACGGGUGAAUCCGCGAUUCCUCGGAAGAGAAAGCUGAGAUCUAAUUCAGCGGCAGUGAAUCUCCCGUCUGAGAAUUUGUCCAUCACCACGCCGAAGAAAUCGAAAUCUCAUCGUCCAAGUUCUGUUUCCAAUUCCAGAAUCCCAGAGAUAAAGGAAGACGCUAAUGAAACUUUGACAAAUCCAGUCAAUUUGGGAGUAGAGAACUUAUCUAACUGGAAUCCUAGAGACGAGGAGCAGAUGAGAGCUGUGAAGGAGGCACUACACGUCUCUAAAGCACCAUCAACAAUUGUUUGCCGUGAUGAUGAACAAAGACGGAUUUUGGAGUUUGUGAAAGGUUGCAUCGAUCAGCGUAAGGCUGGGAGUUUGUAUAUAUGCGGUUGUCCUGGAACUGGAAAAUCUCUGUCUAUGGAGAAAGUAGUACAACAAGUUAGUGACUGGUCACAGCAGGAAGGUUUGCCGCAAGUGGAUACAUUGUCUGUGAAUUGUACAUCUUUGACAAAAACAACAGAUAUUUUCAGCAAGAUACUUGGUGAAAACGAUCCUGGUAAGAAAGCUAAUAGCUAUUCUUCACCUCUACAGCAUCUUCAGUUUCUGUCUUCUCAAAAGCAAGAAUCGUUCAGCUCUAGAAUGAUGUUAAUAAUUGCAGAUGAGAUGGAUUACUUGAUCACAAAAGACCGAGGAGUCUUGCAUGAUCUUUUUAUGCUUACUACUUUGCCAUUUUCGAGGUGUAUACUUAUAGGUGUAGCAAAUGCAAUAGACCUUGCAGAUCGAUUCCUUCCUAAAUUGAAGUCUCUUAAUUGCAAACCUAUGGUUAUCACUUUCCGUGCUUAUUCUAAAGAUCAAAUCCUUAGGAUACUACAGGAAAGGCUUAUGGUUUUUCCAUAUGUUGCAUUUCAAUCUAAAGCCUUGGAGCUCUGUGCUAGAAAAGUUGCUGCAGCAUCAGGUGACAUGAGAAAAGCUCUAUGUGUCUGCAGGAGUUCUCUAGAAAUCUUAGAAACAGAAAUAAAUGGAUCAACUGUACAAGAGUUACAUGGUCCAACUUCAGAUGAUCCAGUGGUAAGGAUGGACCAUAUGGCUACUGCAUUAUCAAAGACGUUUAAAUCUCCUAUAGUUGAAACUAUUCAGUCUCUUCCUCAACAUCAACAAAUCAUAUUAUGUUCUGCUGCAAAGGCUUUCCGAGGGAGCAAAAAGGAUUCAACCAUUGGAGAGCUUAAUAAGUUAUACCUAGAAAUCUGUAAAUCUUGGAUGAUUUCUCCAGCUGGAAUUACAGAGUUCUCUAACAUGUGUACAGUGCUAAACGAUCAGGGGAUUUUAAAAUUAGGCCAAGCUCGCGGAGAUAAGGUAAAGAGAGUUAGCCUGAGGAUAGACGAAUCAGACAUCACGUAUGCUCUACAGGGAAUACGAUUUUUCCGCAACUGUCUGAUGUGAGAAAUACUACAUUCGUAUAAAGAUAAACAUCUUGGACGAGCAAUGGGGAAUCAAGUUGUAAAACCAUGGGUAGGAUAGGAUUACUAUUAGGGUUUCUUUUUUCUUUUUUUUUGUUUUGACAACAGUUUUGUAUUAGGGGUUUAGAUAUUAAAUUUUAUUUGGGGGAAUAGAACAUGGUUGUAAUUUUUAGAGUAUAGUGCUAUACGAUAUAACUAAUUUAUAUAGACAAUAGUUAAAACCAUAGGAUGUUGAAGUUACAAACUUACAACACUAUGGUUUGGGUUCAAAACAAUGUCUUGUAGAAUUUUUUUAUUCUACACGUGAACUGGAAAAAAGUCGAAAGUAAUUAAAAAGCAGUUAAUGUAAUGUAGGCAACUAGGCAUGUAGCCAUUUCUUCAUUUUGUAACCGUUUAAGAGAAGGAUCCACUGAAUCAUGGACGAAGACGUCUCAGCAUACCUAAUGCCAUUAAUGGAGUUAAUUUUGACCAAUUAUGUGGCUAAUUUUUUGUUGACAAUUUUGGGUGAUUUGUGGAUAGUGAAGUGAAGUGGG